GGGCGGGGAGGAGGAGGGGCGCGGCGGCGGCGGGGCGAGCUCGCCGCUCUCCCGAGUGAGCCGGCCGCGAGCCGGGAGCGGCGCGGGCGGCCGGAGCCUCGGCGGCGGCGGCGGCGCUGACACCGACACCUCCCACCAUGGACAGCUUCGACUUAGCCCUGCUCCAGGAAUGGGACCUCGAGUCGCUGUGGGGUGAAGACAUCUUAAACCAGAGGAGUGACUCUCUAGUCGUGGAAUUUCAGUCGUCAACCAGCCGAUGCAGGAGUGUCUAUGAACCAGAUAGAAAUGUGUUACGGAGGAAAGAACGAGAAAGGAGAAAUCAGGAGACUCAACAGGACGAUGGCACAUUUAAUUCCAGUUAUUCCCUCUUCAGUGAACCCUACAAGACUAACAAGGGGGAUGAGCUCUCCAACCGGAUCCAGAAUACGUUAGGCAAUUACGAUGAAAUGAAGGACUUCUUAACUGAUAGAUCUAAUCAGAGUCAUCUCGUUGGCGUUCCCAAACCUGGGGUUCCUCAGGCUGCUGUGAACAAGAUCGAGGAACAUUUUGUCGCAGAUUCAAGAGCCCAGGCCCAGGCCUCCUCUGUAUGCAGCACGGCAUCUUCCACACCAGCGGCUGUGCCCGGGCAGCAGAGUAAGAGGGGCACCGUGGGCUGGCAGAAGGCUGGGCACCCGCCUCCCGACGGCCCACAGAGAGCAAGUAAGCGCGGACACAGGUUGAUCGAUCUGACCAGAUCUGCUCCUCCAAAGAACCCCAAUCAAAAGACUAACCACUGUGUGUCCACCCCCUCACCCUCACCCCCCUCUCCUUCUUCUUCCAACUCAGCACAACAGAGCUCUCUCAGGACCUUGCUUGGAGAUGGCGCUGGCAGGCAGCAGCCACGGGCCAAACAGGUGUGCAAUGUAGAGGUGGGUCUUCAGACCCAGGAAAGACCACCCGCUAUGGCAGCCAAGCACAGCGGCAGUGGACACUGUGUUCAGAACUUUCCUCCAUCUCUGGCUUCCAAACCCAGCCUGGUCCAGCAGAAACCGACUGCUUACGUGCGGCCGAUGGAUGGCCAAGAUCAGGCUCCCGAUGAGUCUCCGAAACUGAAGUCGUCCACGGAAACCAGCGUGCACUGCACGUCAUACAGGGGCGUCCCGGCCGCCAAGCCAGAGUCCACCAGAGCCAAGGCCAAGCUUUCCAAGUUCAGCAUCCCCAAGCCAUCGGAGGAGAGUCGAUCUGGAGAAACCAACAGCUGUGUGGAAGAAAUAAUCCGGGAGAUGACCUGGCUUCCACCACUUUCUGCUAUUCAGCCGCCUGGCAAGGUGGAACCCAGCAAAUUUUCAUUCCCAAAUAAGGACUCUCAGCUGGUUUCCUCUGGACACAAUAAUCCAAAGAAAGGUGAUGCUGAGCCCGAGAGUCCAGACAAUGGCACCUCGAAUACAUCAAUGCUAGAAGAUGACCUCAAGCUAAGCAGUGAUGAAGAGGAGGGUGAACAGGCAGCCCAGGGAACCGCGCUCCACGCUCUGUCUGACAGCGCCGGGGUCCAGCAGGCCAGCUGCAGAGCCUCGGUGCCCUCCAGCAAGGGCAGCAGCAGCGGCAGCAGCAGCAGCGGCAGCAGUUCGUCCAGCGACUCGGAGAGCAGCUCGGGAUCCGACUCCGAGAGCGAGAGCAGCUCCAGCGAGAGCGAGGGCAGCAAGCCCGCCCACUACUCCAGCCCCGAGGCCGAGCCUGCAUCCUCUAACAAGUGGCAGCUGGAUAAAUGGCUAAACAAAGUUAAUCCCCACAAGCCGCCUAUUCUGAUCCAGAAUGAAAGCCACGGCCUGGAGAGCAGUCAGUACUAUGCCCCCGGGAAGGACCCCGCGCAGGACUGCGGGAAACUCGCCGACGGGUGCCAGGCCGGCCUGAGGGAGAAGGACGUCAAGAGCGCCUGCAAGGAAGAGCAGAGGCCAAGGACAGCCAACAAGGCCCCGGGGACCAAGGGGGUGAAGCAGAAGUCCCCGCCUGCGGCUGUGGCCGUGGCCGUGACCGCAGCCGCCCCGCCGCCGCCGCUCCCUGGUGCGCCCCUGGAGAGCGCGCCCGCUCCCACGCGGAGGUCUGCGGGCAAGAAGCCCCCCAGGCGCACCGAGAGGACCUCUGCCGGCGAGAGCGCUAACUGCCAGCGGCCGGAGGAGCCCGCGGACGCGCUGGGGGCGAGCGCCACGAUCCCUCCCAUCCCUCCGGAGCCCACCAAAGCCAGGCCCUGUGCCAACAGCAGGACGAGCCACCGCAAGGAGCUGCGCGCCUCGGUCACCUGCGAGAAGCGCCGCACGCGGGGCCUGAGCAGGAUCGUCCCCAAGUCCAAGGAGUUCAUCGAGACAGAGUCCUCAUCUUCGUCCUCCUCCUCGGACUCCGACCUGGAGUCGGAGCAGGAGGAGUACCCUCUGGCCAAAGCGCCGGCCGUGGCCGCCGCCUCUGCAAGUGACCAGAGGCUCAAGGAGGCCGCCGGCAGCAUCAGCAGCGGCGGCGGGCCCCGCGCACCCGUGGGCUCCAUCAACGCCAGGACCACCAGCGACAUCGCCAAGGAGCUGGAGGAGCAGUUCUACACGCUGGUCCCCUUCGGCCGCAACGAACUCCUCUCCCCCCUGAAGGACAGUGACGAGGUCAGGUCUCUCUGGGUCAAAAUUGACCUGACCCUCCUGUCCCGGAUCCCAGAACACUUGCCCCAGGAGGCCGCGGCCCUCAGCACGCCUGCAGCCAAGGACGCUGAGAGCGCACCUCCAAGCCACCCAUCCGACACACCCGUAGAAAAGGCUUUGCCCAAAUCCAAGAGGAAACGCAAGUGUGACAACGAAGACGACUACCGGGAGGUCAAGAAGGCCCAGGGAGAGAAAGAGAGCUCUUCCCGACAGGCCGCCUCUGCCAGUAACACUGUGUCUGCGAAUCCUUGCAACAUGAACGUCAGCAGCUUGGCAAUACCCAUCAAUAAAAAUGAAAAGCUGCUCCGGUCGCCCAUCUCACCCCUCUCCGACGCCUCUAAACACAAAUACUCCAGCGAGGACUUGACGUCUUCCAGCAGGUCCAGCGGCAGUGGCUUGUUCCCUUCCACCGCCUCCAACAAAAAGCUCAAGGCGGAGAGCCAGCUGCCGGCUCAUGCCGCAGACCUCACGAAAGCAGCUCACCACAGCUCAGAAAGCGUUCUCCACAAGCCACGGCCACAGACGGAGCCGUGGUCCCCGGGCUCCAGCGGCCACCGGGACUGCAAGAGGCAGAAACUCGUCUUCGACGACAUGCCACGCAGUGCAGAUUAUUUUAUGCAAGAAGCUAAGCGGAUGAAGCAUAAGGCAGAUGCAAUGGUGGAAAAGUUUGGAAAGGCUUUGAACUAUGCCGAAGCAGCCUUGUCAUUCAUUGAGUGUGGAAAUGCAAUGGAACAGGGCCCAAUGGAAUCCAAAUCUCCAUACACAAUGUAUUCAGAAACAGUAGAACUCAUCAGGUAUGCUAUGAGACUAAAGACCCACUCAGGCCCCAAUGCCACACCAGAGGAUAAACAGCUGGCUGCGUUAUGUUACCGAUGCCUGGCUCUCCUGUACUGGCGGAUGUUUCGACUCAAAAGAGAUCACGCUGUCAAGUACUCAAAAGCACUUAUCGACUAUUUCAAGAAUUCAUCUAAAGCUGCCCAAGCCCCAUCUCCAUGGGGAGCCGGUGGAAAGAGCACUGGAACCCCAUCCCCCAUGUCUCCCAACCCCUCCCCCACCAGCUCCGUGGGAUCUCAGGGGAGCCUCUCCAAUACCAGCGCCCUGUCCCCUUCGACCAUCGUCAGCAUCCCACAGCGCAUCCACCAGAUGGCAGCCAAUCACGUCAGCAUCACCAACAGCAUUCUCCACAGCUACGACUACUGGGAGAUGGCAGACAACCUGGCCAAGGAAAACCGAGAGUUCUUCAACGACCUGGAUCUGCUCAUGGGGCCGGUCACCCUGCACAGCAGCAUGGAGCACCUGGUCCAGUACUCCCAGCAGGGCCUGCACUGGCUGCGGAACAGCGCCCACCUGCCGUAGGGACCGCGCCCUGCGGCCGCACUGUGCUCCCACCUCCGUGGACGGCUCAAUGUUUCUGGACACUGUGCUACUGACAUUCCCAGCCACAGCAUUUAUCAAAAUCCAGUGAAUAUUUUCUCAGCCUCGAACAAUGGUCUUUUCCCAGGGCAUGUGUGCCUGUAUGUGUGGGUGUAGAAGCAGCAGCCUGUGUGUGUAAGAAGCACAGCUCUUAAAACCUAUUUUCUUUGUCUAGUUUCCAUAAUCCCAGGCUAGACAAAGUGGUCAGAGGUUUCUGAUUAGAGGAAAUACACUUACACACAUACACACACACACACACACACACACACACACACACACUUUCUACUUCAAAGCUAAACCAUGACUUUUUAGAACAUUCAACCAAAAUCUCGCUGUGAGUUCACAGGUGCAGCACAUGCAGCACACCAACAGCCUGACUGCCAGUCAAGACGACCUAGUCCUUACGUUGUUGAUGACUUCCAGUGUUGAUAUACUAUCCCCACUUACCCUCUGGUUGUACGUGUUCAUGGGUAAUUGAAUAAUGAACGUCAGUCACGUUUUGCUGGAUGUUUACUAGGUUGCAUGUUACCAAAUGCCCUGCCUUUCAUUUACUACUCGCCCCCUCCAUCCAACUUUAUCAUCGGCUAAAUGCGUGGUGAGCAAAUGGAUCAACUGCCCUGCCCCCAUCGUGGUCUGAACCUGGCGCAGAUGUUCGGAGAGAACUCGGUGCUUUUGGAAGCGAGCCAGCCAGCGCUCAGGCAGCCACGGCUGCGUUUGGGAGUCCCGUUAGGAACUGGAACCUCCUGCACCUGCAACAAGCCCGCCCUGCGCAGGUGUUACUUCUUCCUGCCUCUGUGGCACCUGGCUGGGGAGCUUUGGCGGCACUUGUCAGUCUUUUAAAUGUGGCGAUUUUUUAAGCCUUUUCUUUCCACGAUAGCUUUCUUACAAACGUCUUGGCCAAAUCAGGACGCUACCCCGGUUGCCCCUUCGCUGGGAGCCUGUGUGUGUUGCUUAUCGGGCUGAGAGCCUCGAGCUCCUGACGAUGUCUGAUGCUCUCACGCCUCCUGCAGAAUGUGCCACGUUAAUGCAUUUUGAACGGGGGCACGUGUGGGGCUCCGGUUAGCUGCCUGCUUACCGCGCAGGGUGCGUUCUUCCUGCCUCGGUCGCGGUGCUGUUUGGGGUAGCAGCCCCAGAACGUCACGCUCAUGUCCUCUGUGUCUGGUAUGUUUACAUCUCGCCCUUAACUCUUUUCUUUUUUUUAUUAAGUUUACAUUUUAAUUUUUUGACACCUGUUUACAGUUUUUGUCUGAAACUUGUUUAUUUUAUAGUCCCCUGUCAUGUCCUAGAUUUAGUCUUCUUAUUAAAUAUAUUUGGAUAUAAAAUUAUUGCUUAAAAAGAAAAACUUCUGGGGGAAAAAAGGAUGUACUUUGCCAUAUUUUAAAAACAAAAAAAAAUGUCCCUGAGGCCUCUCACUUGACCAUAUCGCACCAGGCUGGUCUGAGAAAGACAGCGGUGCGGUUUACGGAGCUCCCCCACCCUUUCUUCAGGGGGCGGUGGCGCCCAGCAUUUAUAACAGAUACUCGUGUGCUCUCGCCAACGGUCAGUUGGUCCAGUUUCGAUGUUGACAUUGUCAGCCUGAUGGAUAGUGGAAGUAAGAUUGCUGUAAUUCCCUAGCUCUCAGCACUCUUUCAAAACUGUACAAAUGAUUGAUCUGUGCGCAUGGUGACCCGAAAUUAACUUAGAAAGAGCAAGUGAAGGGCUUAUGAAAUUGGCAUUUGACUUUGGCCUUCAAGCAUCUGCACUGCUCAGAGUUUGUUUUACUUUUAUCCAGCUGAGGGGUUUGUCACACCCUCUCGCUAGUCCUUGUGGGUAGAGUUCAUGAUCCCAUUCAUGUUGGGAAUUUCAGUCUAACUUAAGAAAUUGUGAACUGGUGUGUGGGGUGUGUUUGUUUGUCUGUUUGUUUGGAGGACUGAGGCUUAGUUCUGCUUGCUCUUGCUGAAUUCCGCUGAAAUGUUCAAACUCUCACAUAAGGGGUGACCCUCAGGUGUGUCCCCAGGUGCUCUGCUGGCCUCGACCAUCUUAAAGCUGCAGGCCUGUGCGCUAUCCACGUGGUGUGCUACCCGUGAAGCCCCAUCUACACACACAGGUGGCCUCUGGCGUUUUACCAGUGUUUUGAAGACCAUGUUUCCCAACAAAACCUGUCGUUGUGGGGGUGGCCUUUCGUUUCAUCAUGGAGCACGAUGGGGCAGUGUGUGUGAGCUUGAAGAGAUGAUUAUGGUAAGGAGCCAACUUCUUAUUGUUGCGUGUGAAAGUCAUUCAUAACUGUUCCUCUUAUUUAGUUUUUUUCAAAGUAGAAAUAUAUUUCUUGCAUUUUCUGAUUAUAAGAGCAAUACAUGCUUCAAUGUAAAAAUUCAGACAACAUGGAAAUGUAGAAAGUAGUAGUAAGUCCCACCCCAAUCUCCCCCCACCCCCAAGCAACCACUGUUCACAGCUUCAUGUCUGUCCUUCUAGUGACUCUCCUGUUUCAACAUGUACUGUCCAUUAUUAUGUCUUUCUUUUUGGAGACAUAUUUCCUUAGCCGUUCAGCACAAGUCAACUGACCUAUCCUUCCGUGACCUGAACGGAUGCCACCCUUUAUCACAAUGUAAUCAAAUGCAUUCCUGAUCAACAUGUGGGAUUUGUGACUGCUCUACACAGAUCAGACUUAUGUGCAGAGUUGUGCCUGGAAAGAGAGGUUUGGUUAAAACAGAUAUUUCUGGAAACUUUCCAAUUACAAAUGGAAACUUGGACCCACGAUCUAAUGAGGAAUGUACUGGAAAAAUAAUCUGAAAAGCUGACAAAUUGUGUACUAGAUUGAACGUAUAGAACGCAAUGCAAUGAGACUCCCUGCACUAAAACUUACCCAGUGUGUGCAACACUGAUGCGUGUAUUAUAUAACAGUGAUGUGUACAUUUCUGAAAUCCCAUGCAUACGAUACACAGUUUGUAUAAAUGCAUACAUUUAAAAAUAUAUAUGUACAAUACAGCUACCAUGAGACUAUAGUACGCCUGAAGGGUAUGACUAGUGCCUAACAUUGAGUGUAAGUCACUGCGUGUUCGCAUCACCUUGGAAGUACGGUAAUUGUUAUAAAAUUAAUCAGUGCAACCAACAUUAUUUAUGAAUCACAUCUUUGAAACUGUGCAGUAGUAUAUACAUAUAUAUUUUUAAACAACAUUUUUCACAGUUUUCCAGAGUUACUGUUGAAAUCUGUAUCACCAAAAAAAAAAAAAAA